CACUACCUCACCACUGUGAGUACUACUGAGUACUCCUAUAGGCACUGACAAUGGCCGUGAAUAGCACUUUCACGCCGAAGACGUCCCUGACAGAGGCACCUACCAACCUGAAGGAGGCCAUUGACUGGGUCCUGAGGGUAACUGGUAGGGAUGGAAAGGCACUAGACAAGGACAAGGGAGAAUGUAUAUGUGGCCUGGCGGCGGCAGUGACUGACCUCCUGCAGUCAGUAGAACUACAGUACCAUGGCUAUGAGGGUGAUAGGAAGGAAAGUAAUGGCAAUGGCCCCCCAAAAAAGAGAGUCACAGAGUGCCUCAAUGAGCUAUUCUCCCUAGUCCAGGGACUAGGUGGUACCGCAGUGGUCCGGACCUAUAUAGACCAGCUGGCACAGGUACUCAGUGCACUCGUUGGGUGGAGUAGGAUAGAGCAGUGUAAGAAUGGUGGUGGCAAUUGCAAGAGUGGCUAUGGUAGUGGCCAUGGCGCUCCGCACGGCCAAGAUGGGUGCGGGUAUCUAGUGGAUAUAAAGCCAAGCAACAAGUGUGGCACUUGUGGAUGUAUGAAAUGGGAUGUGUCCGAGGCGAACCAAAACGAUAAAGGACACCACCUGGGCAGAGGGUGUACAAGGUGUAAGGAUAAUGGUGGUAGAGAUGCGUGUCAGUGUAGCACUCCAGGUAGUGGCUGUAGUGCUGGCGAGGAGUGUAAAUGCGCUAAAAAGGGCAAAUGCUGCAAGUGUUGUUGUAAUGGUGGGCAGUGUUCGGCAGGGUGUGCUGGUGAAAAGGCUAAGUGUAUCUGUGAUAAGGAAAAGCAACAGGGCAAGGAAAAUGGAGGGAACACUUACGAUGAGGAAUACAGAAUACAUAGCUAUACGUCGUCAUAUCCACACAAGCCAAUUCUGAUAAAAGAUUCGUACGUUGAAUCCAAGCGGAUAGAUGUCAAACCAUAUUGGAAAGACUUGAUAAACCCUAGAGGUUUCUACCCAGGUAGUGCCUCCCAACGCCGCCACCAAUGUGCCCGCAUAUUCCUGGGCUCAGUAUGUCUCAUCUGGAGUGGACUUACCUAUAUGUAUUGGACAGGCAAGUACCAUUCCAGCAGCCCACGGUGGAACAACCACAUCCUGGAUGGUAGUGGUCUAGAUGAUGGAACACUAUCACAAUGGCUUCAGGCCCUAGGGUUUCCUAGGGAAAUGUUGAACAAUAAUGGUCCAAAGAAUAGACUUGACAAGGUCAUAUGGGAUGGGAUUAGAGAUAUGUUAUAUUUGGGAUUCCCGAAUACUGGUAUUGGUGGCAAUAGUGCUGUCCAUGGCAUUGACGAUGAUGCUAAUACAUUCAGAAAUCCGGCUGGUAUGAACUAUGCUGGAUAUAUACAUACCGUAGACAGGGGUGCAUUUUGCAGCAACGGUAAUGUCUUCAAGAAAGCUAAUGAUGCCACAAUUACUGAAGAAAACAUCAACAAAUGUGGCGCCUUGUACAAGCUCUACAUUAUAUCAUGUGCCUACUUUACUGGGUUACAGAACAAAGCUCCGCCUUUGGCGGAAAAUAGAACCCCUAAGACAAUCCGUGAGAUCCUAUACUGGCUCAGUGCAUUGCCCUAUAGUAAGGCAUACCCAGAGAUACUGCAGCAUUCCAAGGAAGUAAUGAAGAAGGUAGCACCAGAUGUUGGAGACAAAAAGCAACUUUCGUUCUACCAAACAGGCCGCACAGCACCCAUUACCGUUCAUGAAUUCAACCUGUUUGCCCACUUCCAAGCGGUGACCCAGUACUGCCCACUGGUCCUCAUAGGUAUCCAAGGAGGAUUACACAGUACUAACAGUACUACUCCUGCCAUUCAUUCCCUGUAUGCUAACACUGAGUGUGGAUUCACCUAUCCCACUGUGUCCAUCCAGGCAUACAACCAGGUGGUCCAUUACAUUAGGGCGCUGUUCUACCAGUUGUACUUCCUUAGGAAGCAAUGUGCAGUUAAAGUGGCUCUAGGAGGGAAGUGGCGUGAGUGUAGGUAUGGCCAGGGGAUUGUCUCUAAGGGGGUAAUCAGCUGGAUGUGCCUGGGGUGUAACCCCAUGGAACAUGAUAGGAAUUAUAGGGUGGAGAAUAUGAAGAAGGGAUUGGAUGAGAUAUUGAAGGGGUUAGUGAAAAAGGUGGAGGGAGAGGAGGAAGAGGAAGAUGAAAAAGAUCUUGCAGAUGGGUUGAAUACACUACUGGUUGCUAUUGGUCAGGUAGUGGUACAAUUGGGUAAUGCCCAGGAGGCAUUGGAAGGGAAGGAUAAGGAGGGGAUCAAGGGGGUUAUAAAGAAACUAGGGGAGGCUAAGGGGAAACUGGAGACGGAGUUGACGAAGGUGAAGGAUAGGCUGAAUGGGAAACUACAGGAGGCUACGAAGAAACUGGGGGAGCUGACGAAGGGUAGUGGUGGUAAAGAGAGUGGGUCAAUAGCCUCAGUAACAGGCAGUGAUGGACUAGAUAAGGCAGCGAGUGACGAUUUCGAUCAGGGUAAGAACAGGAUAAGUGAGGUUAUCCAUAAGGUACGGGAGGCAUUGAAGGAAAUACAGAAAGAACUGGGAGUUAGUAAUUCAUCAUAUUUAAACGGCAGCUUAUCGGAAUGGGUCGCAAACACACUUCAUAAAACCAUAGAUCAGAUCAAAGACAUCUGCAACUCUCCCAAGUGCCCAUCCUGUAAAUCACACUCCACCAAGUGUGGCAAGGAGGGGAAGCCGACUAUCUGUAAGACCUGUAAUCAACAAUACAUGGACGGUAAACCUUCCCCCCUCCAGGCAUUCCUCGAGGAUAGGUUGCCAGGUUUUAGUUGUAGAGAGGUACCAGCAGACGAGGACCCCGAGUACCCACCUGCUGCAGAUCACUUAGGACACUGUAAUGGCUCAGGCCAAUGCUGCCCACUGCCAAUGGGUUUUAGAGAUCACUUCCAGCAAGGAAUCACCCAUACCGGUCAACGCCUUUAUGGCAUCCUCUACUUCUUUAGUAACGAGAACAUGAUGCAGUCGUGUGUCUAUACACUAGUGAGAGUCACUGCAGCACUCAGUGCCACUACACCACAGGUAUUGGGUGAUGUAUUCGGGUUCUUUAGGGGUGGUGUAGGAAACAAGGAUAGGGGAAAGACACCAAAUGGGAGUGAUGGGACUGCAUGUAACCACGAUGGAAAUCCAAGUGGAUCUUAUGAUGAGAACAAGGAUAAGUACUUUUGCGGCUGGUGUGCCUCUGGGUUACGGGAAGAGGUAAAGAAGAUUGAGUGGGUAUUCAAUGGGACGGAGGCGGGAGGACAGUACAUGGGCAGUGUAGGAAAAGCACUAAGAGACAUUAAGGGUGAUAAAGGUGAUAGUGGUGCCUCUCAACAACUCUCUCCAUCAGCCCUUUCAACACUCACUGACGGUAACCACUACGUAUCCCCCCUAACCGGUGAACUCUAUACAGCAGUGAGUGCCACGUUCGGUGGAACAUACCUCUCAUGGGUACUAUACCUAUCAGAUGCACUUGAAGGUGGACUACAGUCACUUGCUAGUGCAUUCCAACAGAUUGAAUGCCGUGGCUGUACAGGGUGUGACCCCAAUAAGUGCAAGAAGGGAGAGCAUGGACAGGGUAGUGGACAGUGUGGAUGCCAAUCAAUCGUAUCAUGUACCGGGGUACUGCCAGUAUUGUAUAGACAUGGCUUCAGCUACGGUAACCCAUUCAAUCUGGAGGGGUACCACCAGAAGGAUGGAAACAAGGAAGAACAUGGUCAGUUCGACAUCGAGAACAAGCAUAAUCCUAAGAAUUGUCACCAAUUUUUGGACAGUCUUAGUGCAGUGAUUGACAAGAAGAAGCAGGACGCCUCUAAGAGCCAGGAACACCCACUGACAAAAUUACUAUCAGAAGUCGGCCAACUCCAAUACGACAUACGGCUCCCGUGGAUCUUUGUACUGACGCUAGCCUGGCUAGUAGCGGUACUCUAUCUCGCUUUUGGUGCCAUAUGGCCACUGGACUGGACACAUAUGAGGUCGCAUUGGUUACGGGGUGGAGAGCACCAAUGGCAAUGUAUGUGGUAUAAGGUGAUGACGGGGAGGAAGGGAGUGGAGUUGGUGGAGUAUUUUGGAAGGAGGUAGUGGCGACGUAGUGGCGCCUUCGGCGCAACAGUG